AUGGAUUUAAUCCGUUGUCACACUUUUGAGUUACUUGCCUGCACAAUUCUCAUCUCCUCACUGUUUGUGGUGGAUGGUGCAUCCCCCGACAAGCUGCCUCCAUCUGUGGACCUGUGCUCCCCAAACCCGUGCCAAAACCGGGCGAUAUGUCGAAUCCGCGGGGACGGCUACUCCUGCUUCUGUGUGCCGGGUUUCCAGGGGGCUCACUGUCAGAUUGAUGUGAAUGAGUGUGCUUCAGAGCCCUGCAGCAACGGAGCCACCUGUGUGGACAGAGUGGGCAGCUUCUCCUGUCUGUGUUCUCCCGGAUUCACCGGGACCACUUGUGAGGUCCAGAUUGACGAGUGUCAAUCACAGCCGUGUCUCAAUGGCGGCAGUUGCCAUGACUACGCCGGAGGCUACGGUUGCACCUGCCUAUCUGGUUUCCAAGGACACUGGUGCGAAAUCGACAUCGAUGAGUGCCAAGAGCAGCCGUGCCAGAAUGGGGCUCUUUGUAUGGACGGGGUGAAUGAAUACAGCUGCGACUGCUCUCAUACAGCCUUCACCGGCCCACACUGCGGGACGCCGCUGCCGCCGUGCUCCUCUGAACCCUGCUUUAACAGUGCCAUCUGUAAGGACGACCAGGGUAACUACACCUGUGAGUGCUGGCCUGGGUUCGAGGGCCGUCACUGUGAGAUAGACAUCAGCGAGUGCAGCAGCAGUCCUUGCCUGCAUGGAGGCAGCUGCAUCGAGAGGUCAUGGCAGGCUUUGUACGGCAGCGAGCCUCUGCUGCCUGAACACUACGACCAGCGACAGGCUGCAGGUUACGUGUGCAGCUGUCCUCCAGAAACAACAGGUUCCCUCUGCCAGGAGGUGAUCGACCACUGUGAGUCCAGUCCGUGCCAGAAUGGAGGCAGAUGUGAGAGCAGUGCCGGACGCUACGUCUGCCACUGCCUCAGACAGAGUCAUGACGGCGUCCUGUACGGAGGUGUGAACUGCGAUGUGAAGCUGGUGGGCUGUGAGGGCCAUGAAUGUCAGAACCAAGGCUCCUGCUCACCGUUCCUGCUGGACGGGACUCACGGAUACACCUGUUCCUGCUCACCUGGCUACACUGGACCGCUCUGUAAGACCUCCACCACCUUUUCCUUUGAGCGCAGAGGCUACUUGCUGCUGCAGAGUCCCCUGGUGGAUGCCAACUGCAACAUCACCCUGAGCUUUAAGACUGUCCUGCCCAGAGCGGUGUUGUUCCAGAGGAACACCAGGGGACUGCUGCUGAGCCUGGAGCUGGAUGGGGGGGAGCUACGUCUCACGCUGAGCAGAGUGGCCUCGGCAGGGGCUGAAGCAGAAGUCCUCAGCCAGGUUCUGGAGAUUUCGCACAACGUCACAGAUGGAGAGUGGCAUUCUGUAGAGGCUGUGCUCGGAAACUGGCUGCUCAGCCUUAAACUGCUGGAUGAUGCUCGGAGCUGUUCAAGCCAGUCGUGCCACAAGGUGGCCCCAGUCCAAGGCACCCUGGCCGGGCUCGUGUCGUCUCCUCAGAGCACUUUUGUUGGAGGAAUACCUCAGGACUCAAAAGGCCGCAGCGGGCAGUCUGCCCUUCCUGCAUUCAUUGGAUGCAUGCGGGAUGUGUUUGUGGACUGGCAGCUCAUCGUCCCUGAGGAAUGGCUGAGCGACUCCGCUAUUAAUGUGUCCCCCGGCUGCAGCCACAGGGACCGCUGCCUGGAUGUGCCGUGCCAAAACAGAGGACAGUGUGUAAACCUGUGGCAGAGCUACCAGUGCCGGUGCCCAAGGCCUUACGAGGGGCAGGACUGUGAGGAGGAACAUGUGACGGCCCGCUUUGGGAACGAAGACUCUCACAGUUACGCAGCGUUCACUGUCACCGAUGAUCUGGGUCACACGCUCUCCAUCUCCCUCUUCCUGCGCACACGGAGGCAAAGUGGAUUCCUCCUGGCGUUUGCCAACAGCAGCAGCCAGUACCUGCACAUGUGGCUGGAGGACGGCAGGGUCACGGUGCAGCUCAAUAACUUUGAGAGCGUGAAGGUGGAGAGCACGAUCGAUGAUGGAGAAGUCCACUUUGUGAACCUGGAGGUGGCGACGGGUCGUAUGACGCUGUACGUAGCGGCAGAGAAACAGGGCGAGGUGGAGGUGAGGGCUGUGGACGUCCGAGCAGGUGAUACGGUGCAUGUGGGAGGCCUGCUGGAGACGAGGGCGACCGCAGUGUUUGGUGGAUAUUUCAAAGGCUGCAUCCAGGACCUGAGGAUCAGCGACAGGAGGCUGCAGUUCUUCGGGCUGGAUACCUCGGUGAGAUCUUAUCCUCUUGAGCUCAUGGAAAAUGUGACCGCUGGCUGCUCUGGAGACAACACCUGCAGUAGGAACCCAUGUCUAAACGGAGGAAUGUGCUUCUCCAAGUGGGACGACUUCUCCUGCACCUGCCCCCCCAACACAUCGGGGCGCCGCUGUGAGGAGGUCCGGUGGUGCGAGCUGUCGCCCUGCCCCUCAGACGCAGAGUGCAGGAUGCUGAACCAGGGCUACCAGUGUUACUCCAAUGCGACCUUCCUGGACGACAGCACCGUGUUGUCCUACCGGGGAAACGGCCACAUAUCCCGCAACCUCACCAACCUCUCUCUGGACCUGCGCACACGGAAGCGUAAUGCAGCGAUCCUACACGCAGAGAAGGAUUCGGCUUUCAUCACGGUCUCCAUCCAGGAUGGCUUCCUCUUCAUGGAGCUUCAGAGCUCCUCCGCAGGUGGCGGCAAGGUGGAGGAGGAGCAGGAGGGCGUGUCUACGAUCAGCCUAAGCAGCAGGAGGAGUGUCAGCGAUGGAGAGUGGCACAGUGUCCAUUUGUUCAUGGCAGCACCGUGGGCACAAACCUCUCGGUGGACUUUGGUUCUGGAUGAAGACAUAGAGGAAGCCAGCACUUCCAGGAGCCAAGGAGGCAACCUGGACUUCCUCCGACAGGGAGUGGACAUCUUCUUAGGGGGCCUGGCUCCUGAAGCCGGCUGGUCUCUGGCUGGUUGUCUGAGCACCGUGGAGCUGGGCGACAUUGCCCUGUCUUACUUCGGCUCCUCUGAUGUGAACCUCCCACGGCUGCAGGAGGAGCAGUUCAUCCAGACGUCCCCGAGUCCAGCUCUCCUCGGCUGCGGCGGGGCCCCGGUGUGUGAGCCCAACCCCUGUCUGAACGGAGGGGAGUGCCGGGACCUCUUCAACGCCUACAACUGCAGCUGCGCCGAGGGUUGGGCCGGGAGGCGCUGCGACUUCUUCCUGGACACCUGCGCUUCGAACCCCUGCGUUCACGGCAACUGCAGCGUCAACGGGCUGACGUACGAGUGCGGCUGUGAGUUCGGAUACACCGGUGUGGACUGUGAGGAAGAGGUCGAUGUGUGCGACAACCACCUGUGUGCUCACGGAGGCACCUGUCUGCACGGGCCGGACAGGUACGCCUGCCUCUGCCCCGAGAACUACACCGGACCCCUCUGCAAUGAACGCGUUGAAGAAAUUCCAUGGUACAUUGUUGUCAGAAAUGUAAGGCCCAAGUUGCCGGUUUCGGUGUGCGGCGAUGACACCAGAAACUACACCUGCUUCAACGGAGGCAACUGCACCAACCGCGAGCUGUCCUGUGACUGUCCACCAGGCUUCAUCGGCCACCGGUGUGAGCAGGAGGUGGACGAGUGCAAGUCCAACCCCUGUCUGAACGGAGGCUACUGCCGCAACCUCAUCAACAAGUUUGUCUGUGUGUGUGACAUGAGCUACGCUGGAGACAUGUGCCAGACGGACCUGACUUCUGAGGGUCUGACCUCUGACCUCUUGCUGUCCAUCAGCCUGGUGUCCGUCGUCUUGCUGCUGGCUCUCAUCCUGACCUCCGUCGGCCUGGUGGUGGCGCUGAACCGCCGCGCCACCCACGGCACCUACAGCCCCAGCCGGCAGGAGAAGGAGGGAUCGCGGGUGGAGAUGUGGAGCAUCACGCAGCCGCCGCCUAUGGAGAGGCUGAUCUGA